AUGGGGGAUAUUCUCAAGAAUUCCGAAAAUAGGCUGCUCGAUUUUUUCAGGAGAGAGAUGGGUUUUUGCUCUCCCAGGAUUUACUCUCGCCGCGUGUCUGCUUCUGAGACUUUGAUAAAAAAGAUUGAUUUAUAUGGGAAAUUAAUCGGCCAUCAAGGCUGUGUAAACACGGUUGAGUUCAACUCCACUGGUGAGCUUCUUGUGUCGGGCUCUGAUGACAGAGAAGUAAUGCUCUGGGACUGGGCCACGCGGAAGUUAAGAUUUUCUUAUUCAUCUGGACACUUGGACAACAUAUUCCAGGCCAGUAUCAUGCCGUAUACCGAUGACCGAAAAAUAGUGACAUCAUCUGCUGAUUGCCAGGUUAGGUUCAGCCUUUUGCAUGACAGCGGCUCAGUCGAAACAAAGAGACUAUCCAAGCACCGGGGUCGCGUUCACAAACUUGCUGUGGAGCCCGGUAGCCCUCAUGUGUUCUACAGUUGCGGGGAGGACGGCAUUGUCCAGCAUUACGACUUACGAAGUGACUCCGCCACAAAGCUCUUCAGCUGCUCCUCCCGUGUGGAGAGCAUCCGGACCCCAACAACCGUCGGGCUCAACGCCAUAGUCAUUGACCCCCGAAACCCCAACUAUCUAUCUGCAGGUGGUGCCGAUGUCUAUGUGCGCGUUUAUGACAUUCGGAAGCAUGAAACAAACACAUCACAGGCAAAGGUGGGAAUCCCCAUGGACGUCUUCUGCCCCCACCACCUCAUCGGCACCCAUGAUGCCCACAUCACGGCUCUCGCCUAUUCUGGUGCCGGCGAGCUGCUAGUCUCAUACAAUGAUGAGCUCAUCUACUUGUUCCAGAGGGGGACUGGCGUGGGCCCGGGUGUUCUGACCUCUUUGACCGAGAACUUGCAGGGGCCAAGCCAUUGUCAGGUCUACGCGGGCCACAGGAACUCGCAGACAGUGAAGGGGGUGAGUUUCUUUGGCCCGAAUGAUGAGUAUGUUCUGAGUGGCUCUGACUGUGGGCAUAUAUUUAUGUGGAAGAAGAAGGGCGGGGAGCUCGUUCGCAUGAUGGUUGGUGAUCGGCAUAUUGUGAACCAGCUUGAGCCGCACCCCAUGAUUCCGGUUUUUGCUACAUGUGGACUAGAAAAGAGCAUUAAAAUAUGGUCUCCCUCGUCUAAUGAUGUCAGGCCUCUUCCUGAAAAUGCUCACGAGGUAAUGGAAUCCAAUAGGCAAGGGAGGGAGGAACACUCACGAGUAAUACUGACUCCGGACGUGAUAAUGCACGUGUUGCGGCUUCACAGGCGGCAAGCACGAGUUUAUAUCGAAAGAAGGGAUAAUAGGGAAGGUAUGGAGAGUGAUGAAGAUGAAGGGGAUGCUUAUGUUCUUGGGUUUUCUGAUGGAGAUCCUUCUGAUGAGGGUGGGGCCUCCAAUGAAUGUAAUAUUAACUAA